CGCGCCUUUUGUUUCCCGGAGCACAAGGCAACAGCGAGCCCGACUGGGGCAACUAUAAUUCCGUAUGAAAGUGCGUCUUUCGAGUUUCUUAAGUAAAUUAAGAAAAAGAGAAGGGGCAAAAUGACAGAGGAAAAAGCAGAGAAAUCAGCUGCUGAUGAAAAUGCAUAUGAUGUCCUUGAAAGGGAAUUUCAAGAGGUUCUCAAUGAACUUGUGGGAGACAAGAAUUUGGAGAAAUUUAGGGCAGAAUAUGAGAAACUUCACAAGGCCCUAAAAAAAUCCCAUGAGAGUGAAAAAAGGCUCAUGGCAAAAUGCAGGGAAUUAAAUGCCGAAAUAGUGUCCAAUUCUGCCAAAGUAGCUACAGCAAUGAAGUUAUCCCAAGAAGAUCAAACCACGAUUGCUUCACUUAAAAAGGAGAUAGAAAAAGCUUGGAAAAUGGUUGAUUCAGCUCAUGAAAAAGAGCAGAAGUCUAAAGACACCAUCCAGACCUUAAAGCAAGAGAUUGCCAAUCUGUCUAAACAAAUCGAGCAGGGAACUGGAUUAUCCAUAGGCCAAGAGCACAGUGUAAAUGAUUUAUUGAAGAUCAAGGAAGACCUCACAAAAGAAAGAGAUGAACUGCUAAGUGAAGUUGUGAGUUUACGGGAAAAUUUAACAAAAAGCGCAGUGCAGCAGCAACAAAUUGAAGCACAGAAAGAUGAAGCCAAUGAAACCAUAGCACAGCUCCAACAGGACAUCCAAAUGAGGCAAAAUGAGUGUGCACGGGAAACACGGAGAAAGGAGAAACUGGAAAAAGAAAUGAAGCAGCUGCAGGUUGAACUGGAUGCCAAGCAUGCAGAGAUCAAAGGGUUGAAUCAACACAACCAGAGGAGUAAAGAUGACUUGGCAAAGCUGGAACAGCAGUUGCGAGAGCAGAAGAUUCUGAAUGAAAGAGCUACAAAAGAUUAUGAGCAGUUACAAGUUCGAAAUGCAAAAAUUGCUCAAGAAAAUGAUCAAAAUGUUCUGACUGUUGAACAACUAACGCAAGAAAAUCAGCAACGGUCCCUUGAGCUUAAGAUGAAAGAAGAUGAGGUAAAUCACAUGCGCCAAGAGAUCAGUAAAUUAACAAAGUUGCGAGAAGGAAUCCAGAAGAAGUUACGGCAGAUGGAGGACCAAAAGACUGAAGUUGAGCAACAGAGGGACACUUUAAAAAACCAGAUAACCGGACUGGAAAGAGAGUUGGAAGUAUUUAAGAAACAAGCAGAAAUUGAUAAGAAAGCUGUAGAAGAUCUAAUCAGGGAGAGGGACAUUUUAAAGAAGAGUGAGAUAAAAGCUGUCAGUGCUACUCAGAAGCAAAUAAAUCUGGUCAAACUCCAUGAACAAGCAAAGAAAAACCUGGAUCAGGAAAUUCAAAAUUAUAAGGAUGAAGCCCAGAAACAAAGAAAGAUCAUUUACCAGCUGGAGAAAGAGAGAGACCGCUACAUCAAUGAAGCCAGUGAGCUUACCCAGAAAGUUCUUCAACACAUGGAAGAUAUUAAAGUACGGGAAAUUCAGAUCUUUGAUUACAAAAAGAAAAUUGCCGAAGUGGAGACGAAGCUUAAACAGCAGCAGAACUUGUAUGAGGCUGUGAGAUCAGACAGGAAUUUGUACAGCAAGAACCUUAUUGAAGCACAGGAUGAGAUUACAGAAAUGAAAAGGAAAUUAAAAAUUAUGAAUCACCAAAUUGAUCAGUUGAAAGAGGAAAUCAAUGGAAAGGAGGCAGCUCUUAUGAAAGAACUUUCUGAACAUCAGCGGGUUGAAAAGGAGAAAGAGGCACUCAAGGCAGAACUUCAAAAGAUGAAACUGCAGGCUCAAGAGACAAAGCAAUAUAUUGAUAAUCAAGAAGCAGAAGAGAGAAAACUGUUAAAGAUCAUCAGUGAUGCUGAUGCUGAAAGACUCAAACAGAGAAAGGAACUGGAGCAGGUAAUUGGUGAGCGAGAUAUCCUUGGAACCCAGCUAGUGCGACGCAACGAUGAGCUGGCUCUUCUCUAUGAAAAGAUUAAGAUUCAACAGUCCCUCCUCAACAAGGGAGAGAUUCAGUACAAUCAAAGAGUGGAAGACCUCCGUCUACUCAAGUUGGAGAUCAAAAAGUUGAGGCGUGAGAAAGGAAUCUUGACUAAAACGGUGGCCAAUGUGGAAGACCUGAGGCGGGAAGUCUACCACAUGCAGAAGGAACUACUGAAGGAGCGUACUAGGUGCAGAGCUUUAGAAGAAGAGUUGGAAAAUCCAAUGAAUGUGCACAGAUGGAGAAAACUAGAGGCCAGUGACCCAAGUACCUUUGAGCUGAUUCAAAAGAUUCACACCUUGCAGAAAAGAUUGAUUUCAAAAACCGAGGAAGUGGUGGAAAAAGAGCUGCUAUUACAGGAAAAAGAGAAAUUGUACAUUGAGUUGAAACAUAUUUUGGCUCGCCAGCCUGGCCCUGAAGCCGCAGAACAACUACAGAUUUAUCAGCAAACACUGAGAGAAAAGACUAAACAGCUUAAGGCUUUAUCUUCAGAGCUCAACAUGUAUGAGUCUCAGACAGAGGAUUACAAAUACGAGAUUGAGAGACUCGCUCUUGAACUUCAAAAUGUCAAGAAGAAGUACCUCACACAAAAACGCAAAGAACAGCAGGAAAGGGAGAAGGAAAGAAACUUGGCACAGAUGGGUCAGCCUUUGAUUCAACCACAGCGGACAGACGCCCCGCGUUUCACAGGUGGAGGUUUCAGUCUCAAACAGACGGGGAAGGUCUCAGCCUGACACCAAACGUUACUCCUACGCUUGGCUGUUUCAUUCAGACUUUGUUCCUGAUCUGUCUGCUUACCAAACUGUGUCAAGUAACAAGACCCAAAAGGGACAUGAAGAAAAUCAUUUGUCUUCUGGUCACUUACAUUUUGUGUGCCUCUCUGUAUUCAGCCGAAACUAGGCUAUGAUGAGAAAAGAAACCAUUAUGAAUUAAAAGUGUAUGUCUAAGAAAAUUCAUUUAAACACCAGAUAUUGCCUUGUUUGAACCUCUUUGUCUUUAUAAAAAUGUUACAGAAAAUUGAAACACUUUUUGAAUUCCUUUGAGUUAUCGUUAUAUCAUUUAUUUUGCUUAUUAAACAGACCUUGUAUUAUUUAUAAUUUCA